AACUCUUCCAAUCUUCCCUAACUUUAAGUACGUCCGUAGGGAGUGUAUAUCAAAUUUAAGCUUAGCUAGUCGAUCUCUCAAGCACCAAAAGCCUUUGCAAAAGCUUGUAAUUGUGAUCUCAAACUGAUACAACAAAAUGAGCCAGGAACAGCCACGGAGGCCUCAGGAAGACAAACAGCAGGACAAGCCUCAGCCCAUCAAAUACGGCGACGUCUUUUCCGUCUCUGCGGACCUCGCAAAGAAGCCCAUUGCACCACAAGAUGCUAACAUGAUGCAGACCGCUGAGACCAUGGUGUUUGGGAAGACCCAGAAGGGCGGUCCGGCCGCUGUCAUGCAGUCGGCCGCCACCCGAAACGAAAGAUCCGGCCUUGUUCGCCAUGACCAGGCCACGGAUGUUGGUGGAAAUGAAGGUGUCACUGUCACAGAGACUGAUGUCCCUGGAAGCCGCAUCGUCACUGAAGCAGUUGGUGGACAGGUGAUUGGGCAGUAUGUGCAGCCCACGCCAGUGUCUCAGGUAGCUGCGGGGGGAUUUAUGGAGCAGAACGCAAUCACUAUCGGGGAAGCACUGGAAGCGUCCGCCCAAACAGCCGGUGAUAAGCCAAUUGAUCAAAGUGAUGCCGCAGCCAUUCAGGCUGCGGAGGUGAGAGCCACGGGCAGCAAUGUGAUAAGCCCAGGUGGGCUAGCUGCCAUGGCUCAAUCUGCGGCAGCAUACAAUGCCGGGACUCUGCGGGAGCAGGACAAGAUCAAGCUCACAGAUGUCCUCUCGGGUGCUACUGAGAAACUGCCCGCGGACAAGGCGGCGACGAGGCAGGAUGCUGAAGGAAUUGCGAGUGCUGAGCUCCGAAACAACCCGGAAAUGGGAACGCGUCCUGGGGGAGUGGCGGCUUCCGUGACCGCAGCUGCAAGGCUCAAUGAGAAUAUAAAGAUGUGAUUUCCUGCCGUGUCCACUUGACUUAAGUAGCAGUGCCUGUGGUGGAAGUAUAUAUCUACGUAAAUUAAGUACUGGGUUUAAACUUUAAAAUAGUCUUGCUAGUAGUACAUGCCAGUCUAGUUUCCUUUUGUGUUUUGCAAACAAUCAACGGCUUGAAUGGGCUUUUAAACAUGGCCCUUUCACCAAGCUAUCGUUGAUUUUUUUGUACUGUGUAUAAAAAACAAUCAACCAGUGAGGUUUUUUUUAAGGUCUUACAAGGAUUUGUUUGCCAAUUAUUAGGACUGUUUACACCAAGAUUCAGAUAGUUCUUCAUUCGAAAUGGUCUUACUUUAUAGGCCUUGUUUUUUUUUUUUGGGGAUCUGAAAUAGGCUUUGAUGAUUUGUAACCAUGUGAGACGCUUACAUGUAUUAACUUAAAAGCCGACCUUGGCAGAAUAAAUUUCUAAGUAGGAAGCUUCAAAUUGAUUUGUAUAUAGGGAGGAGUGGUAUUGUCAGUUGCGUGUGGGCCGCUGCAGAGAGAGAACAUGCAUCUGUUGCAUCCACUACAGUCAGAUUAGGUAUUUGCAUUAUGGAUGCGAGCGCGAUUGAUUGUAGCAAAAUUCUAAGAGCAUCCGUUAGCAAAAUUCUAAGAGCAUCCGUAAUAGUUAUAUAACAGUUCAUUUCAGUUUAAUACUUCAAUUUAUUGAAUUUUUUUAACAGCUAUUGAACUGAACUAUAGUUUUACUUAUAGUGGAGUUCAAUAGCUUACAAAUUAAAAAUUAUAUUUAAAAAAAUAUAUUUUUUAAAAUAAUUUAAUAAAAUAAAAUAAAGACUUAUUUACUGUAAUACCUCCUGAAACUUCUGUCAAAUCACACUUUAUUCUCCCAAAGUUAAAAUGACCCACUUAACCCCUUUGACUGUGGUUUCGUAUUCUACUUUAUCUCCCGCUGUUAACUUUGUUAAAAAGUUCUGUUAAAACGCUGAUGUGGCACAAAUAGGACCCAUUCUUGUAUGCCAUGUGUAAAAAAUAAUAAAAUAUUUUAUUUUAAUAAAUAUAACAAAUAGGAAAAAAAAAAUGUUUAGAAAAUUAUUACUUCUUUUCCCUCCCCUUCUCUCCUCUCCCUCUCUUUCUCUGUACCCGACCCCCUCCCCAACAACUCCUCCCCAUCUCUCUUUAUCUCUCCCUUUUUCUUUCUCUGUUCUGAGCUUCACCACCUUCAUGGCAGAGAACUUGAGAUAGUACUUGAUCCCGGAAACCAUUCACCUAUGCGCCUCCACCACCUCCAAGAACUGAAUCUCUUCCCCGACAUUGCUCUGGUGGCUCUUUCGCUGGCUCCGGUUGUCUUGCGCCAUCGAAAACCUUCCCAACUCCUGAACCUCCUUGUUCGUCUUCACGUCUUCAAUUUGUCGCAUGCUUCCGACCUUGGUUCCUCCAUACCCAUUUGACAAAGCAAAUAGGAGGCAGAUCAAAAGGGCCAAAAUCAGAUUUUUCAUUAUUUGUGGGUGUUGUUUAUGGAGGAAAUUGUUGAAUUGAGUUCAUGGGUUUUUGGGUUUGAGUGUGAAGAAUUGAAAGAUUUUGUUAUUGUUGAGGAUGGGGAUUGAAUUUGAUGAGUUUUUGGGUGAUUUGAGUCGGUUGUUAUAAGGUGAUUGUGUGAGAGAAGGGGAGUCUUUAGACACCCAAAGAAAAGCCUUCAACUUUGAAAACAUAAUUCUGUGAUUUCAUAUUCAAUAUUGAAAUUCACAUAUCCAUUUUUUUUUUCAUGGAUUGUGUAGGAUAGAUAUAAAAGGAAAGAGAACUGGAGAAAUC